GUGACGCCAACAACUGCACGAGCAGUCGUUCUCCAGCUCGUGCUCCUCUUAUGUUAGUUUUUGUUAAAAUACCGCUAGCUGGGGCUCUAAUUCUUCCGUUUCAUUCUCAGUUUGUCAGGUUUAAUUAGCGAGAAGGCGCGUUUCCGCCACAAUGACCACCGUUUUAUCUCAGUCCCAUUUUAUCUUCGGCCUCCGGGAAGGAGUGGCGAACAAUUUGUGUUUUGUUGACGAGCAAACGGUGGUGUUCCCCAGCGGAAACAGCUGUGUGCUCCAUAACACCGUCCAAAGAUGGCAGCGCUUCAUCCCAGGUUCAGAGAAAAGUCUGGGCCAGCGUGCUUUGGCCCUGAGUCCAAACCGCCGUUACCUAGCAGUGUCAGAGAAGGCUGAGAAGGCCUCCAUCACGGUGUUUGACCUGCACCAUGAGCAGGGCAGGAAGAGAAAGGUUCUCACUGCCGGGGAUUUGCUGGUUCAAGAGUUUCUAUGCAUGGCUUUCUCGCCUGAUUCCAAGUACCUCAUUGGUCAAACUGGAGCUCCAGAAUGGAUGCUCAUCUUCUGGUUUUGGGAAAAAAACAAAGUCCUGGCAAUGUUGAAGACAACCACGUCUAAUAACCCCAUUACACAGAUCAGCUUCAGCCCUCACAACAACAUGCAGGUCUGUGUGAGUGGGAAUGGUGUGUUCAAGAUGUUUCGCUGCUCAGAAGGGGUCCUAAAACAGAGCAGCAUUGCCAAGGCGGAGUCGUUCAACUUCCUGUGUCACACCUGGAUGUCAGAAGACAGGGUUGUUGCAGGAACGGACACAGGCAGGCUGCUGGUGUCUGAAUCUGGAGACCUGAGGAAAGAGCUCAAGAUGUCCUCUAAGCCUGUGCAGGGCCAGAAUGACAGGCACCUGGAAGUGAGGCGAAUCAAAGAAGGUGAUGUGAAUGAAGGUGUGACCCUCUUUCGCAUCACCGCCAUCCUGUCCUACUCCAAGGGCUUUGUGUGCUCCACAGGUCCCGGCACUGUCUGUCUGUUUGAGAGGCUGGAGGAGGACGUCUAUAGGAAAAGCAGAGAGAUACAGAUCCUCUCAGAUCCAGGCAGCAGUGAUUUAACUCCAGCCCAGGGUCACGAGAUAGACACCAUGUGCAUCAGUCCUGCAGAGGAGACUCUGGCUAUCAGCACAACCCAGCGGCAGCUCUACAGCAUUAAUCUUUCAUCUGCAGACACGAAGAGGGAGGGAAAGCUACAUUUUGAGUUUUUGACCCAGCCAUUCCACUCCAACUCUAUCACUGGUUUGUCCAUCUGCAUCCGUAAGCCCUUCAUGGCCACCAGCUCCUUAGACCACUCUGUACGGAUCUGGAAUUAUGAGACAAGAGAGUUGGAGCUGUACAAAGAGUUCCAGGAGGAGGCGUUCAGCGUAGCUCUGCACCCCACGGGUCUCUUCAUCCUGGUGGGCUUUUCAGACAAACUCAGGCUGAUGAACCUGUUCAUUGAUGACAUCCGCACCUUUAAAGAGUUCACACUGCGUGGCUGCAGAGAGUGUGCUUUUAGCCAUGGUGGCCACAUGUUUGCUGCUGUGAAUGGAAACGUCAUUCACAUCUACUCUUUCACCUCUUUUGAGAAUAUUCUCAAUCUGAAGGGCCACAAUGGAAAGGUGCGGGCCAUUGCAUGGAGCCUUGAUGACAGCCAGUUGGUGUCUAGUGGGACAGAUGGCGCUGUGUAUGAGUGGAGCACACAGACUGGGAAGCGGGAGUCUGAGAGCGUCCUCAAGUCCUGCAGCUACACAGGCGUGGCUUUCUCCUCAGACUACAAGAGCAUCCUAGCUGUAGGAUCAGACCUCACUGUCAGGGAGAUACAGGACUGUCAGGUACUGAGGGAGGUCCCUGCUGAUGAGAUAGCUCACACCGCACUUGCAGUGUCUCACUCUGGGAGGGUUGUGUUCACUGGUACCUCCACUGGAACCAUUAGAGCCAUUAAAUACCCCUUACCCAUUCAGAAGGAGUGGAUCACUCAGCACGCUCACUGUGGCCUUGUCACCAGGAUGGUGAUAACGUACGACGAUCAGUUCCUGCUGACGGUGUCUGAAGACGGCUGUCUGUUGAUUUCAAAGAUCAUCGACAAAGAGGGUCGAGGACUGAAGAGUAACAGGCAGAUUGUCCACACCGAGGAGAUUCUUGUUACAAAGGCCGAUCUGGAAGAGAAGGCUCACAAAAUGUUAGAGCUGAAGAUGCAUCUGGAGGAGUUGCACAUGGAGAACGAGUACCAGCUCCGCCUGAAAGAGAUGAACUACAACGAGAAGCUCAAAGACCUGUCAGACAAGUUCAUCCAGGAAAUUAAGUCUCUGAAAACAACACAGGAGAUGCUGAAAACAGAAAUGGAGAGGCGGGAACACGAGACUCAGCAUAAUUCUACAGAGUCUGCAGUGAAACACUCCAAAGACCUGAAGGACUUGGAGCAGUCCUAUACCUCCAAGCUGAUCGUGGAGCAUAACAAGUAUGAAGAUCUUCUGCAGCGGCAUGAACAGAUGCAGGAGGACUACCAAAGGCAGCUGAAGUGUGCCGAGGACAGCAGACGGCAGGCUCUGGUGGAGCUCACACAGACCUAUGAGGCCAAGCUGCAGGACAAGACUCAACGCCUGGCUCAGUGUCAGGAGGAGGCUGAGCACAAGUUACGUGAGUUUGAAGAAAUCAGAAGGCUGGCAGAGGAGGAGGAGGGGAAGAAGAUGGAUGCCAUCCAAAGCAAGUAUGAGAAGCUACUCCUCUCAGAGAGAGAGGAACAGACCAAGCUGAGGGGAAGCAGUGGUGUUAUGACCCAGCAGCUCUACAGUCUGCAGAGGCAGAUUGAUGACCGCAUGGAAGACAUAAACAAGAUGAAGAAGGAACGGCAGGGUCUGACGGGCUUUAUCCGCUCCCUGGAGAGCGACAUUGUUGUCCUGAGGAGACAGAUCUCUGAACAUGAGAAGACCAGCCAGGACAAGGACAGGACCACAUCUGACCUGAAGAUCAUGAACCAGGACCUGGAGAAGCUGAAGUUCAUGCUGGAAUGCCAGUUAAGCGAUCUGAAGAAGCAGAUCGAGCCCCAGCAGGAUGAGCUAACUGAGAAAGCACACAGGAUCCUGAAGCUGGAGGAACAGCUGGAGGAGAUUACCAAGAGCAACUCUAAGCUGAAGUUAAGCAUGUCUGACCUGAGGCUCAAACUGAGGAGCAAAGACAAAGAAGUGCAGAGGGAGACGCAGAAGGUGAAGGAUUUGGAGACGCUUCUUGAGCGCCUCAGGUGUGACCUUCACGGUUGUGUCGGCCUCAUCCAGGAGCCCAGGAAGCUGAAAGACCGCAUCCUGAUGAUUUACGGCCGAUACGGCCCCCACACCGACGCUGGUGAGAGGAGCAGUUCAGACGACCAUGUUGUGAAGACGGUGUGCUACCAACGGGAUCACCUGGAGAAGACCGUCAACAGCCUUCAGAUGAAGCUGCUCCAGUCUGCCAAGGAGCACGACAAAGUCUACCUGAAGCUCAUGAAGGAGAACGUGACUCUCAUUGCUGAAAUCAAUGAACUACGCAAGGAGCUGCAUUGUGUGAGGACCAAGGCUAAGGAAGACCGCGUUCAGCUGGGCCUCCUGAAGAAGUCCAGGUCCUGUCCCAGCUCCAAGGAAGGCCCUAAAGAGGAGCCUCCACACCAAGACAUCAGCUGAUCUCCCUGUAGGGAAGGCUGCUGGCUUCUGGCCAUGUUGACCCAAAGGAAAAUGGAUUUCAUGCACAGAAGUUAUCGAGAAGUUACUUCCAGGGUUUCUGUACAAGCUACAAGAAGCAGCUAAUUGGAGGGUUACACAGUGGGGGUGUACUGGAGUGACUGUAGUGGAGAAAAAGGGACGGUCAAAGAAACAUGUAGAGUCCAG